GCCGGCAGAGAAACACGUUACCUUAACACCUUUAACACGCACGAGCCACAGUCGGAGGAACAUGAAUCGGUUGACGGUAUUACAAUUUGGUUUACUAUUCGUAGCCGCCGCUGCGAGGCUUGAUCACCAGGAAUAUGACGGUCGAUCGAUGUUGCACGAUUUUCGCAAUCACUUCAUGACAUACGAGCACAUCGAAAUUGAUGAAUGCCCCUUCAGCUACUUGCGAUCCGUCUACUCGGACUACUGUCACGUGGCGCAGAUUACUAAGAAUGGCACCAUUUGUCUCGGGGUGCUGGUCAACGAGUACUACAUUCUCACGACCGCCGGCUGCGUACCGGACGAUUGGAAGCUGUCAAAGGUGCGCCUCGUGUCCAGUUUUAACGUUUCCGUGGUCGAACGACUGGUUUAUCCCAACUACAAGGAGCUUCACGUGAGCGCCGACAAAGCGCCAAUUUUGCUGCGCAUCAAUGGUAGCACUAGUCUACCGUACGACAACACCGCUGCCUGUCUGUGGCCGAAAAACGGUCUCGUUUCGUAUGCCAAAGUUCAGGAAAUCGCUUACGAUGCCACGUUGAAUAAGAUGAUUCAAAACACCACUGUUUGCUCGGCGUCAACGCAAGCCGUCUGUUUGGAAAAAACGUUCACGCAGUGGUGUCAACGGAAACCAUCGGACAGCAUCUUGCAGAUCCGAGACUUGGAUCGGUACUCAAUGCACCCGAUGCUGGUGGGGCUGUUUUGUGACGAGCAGCACCAAGUGGUGCCCGUGGCCAGCUACACCGGCUGGAUUAGGGAGGUGAUUGCCAGCGAUCGAAUCUUGUUUUCCAUCCCCAACCGCGGCCUGGGUGAAAAGUGUAUCACGAAGGAUGAUAAGGACGGCGUCUGCUUGCGGCUCGAGUCGUGCCCUCAGUUUUUGGCGGGCCUGAAGAACAAGACACGCAAUGUGACCUCGAUCGAGCAGUGCGGGUUCGAACAAGGCGAUAUGCUCCACUGUUGCACAACCGAGAAUAUGCUGAAAUCGGAGAGCAACCGCCACAACCUGGAGGUCAUCGUCAAAGAAAUCGAGCACUGCCACGAACUGCACGAGGCGUACCGCAGGACCACAAAGGAACAGCAGCUACACGCGCAGCUUGCCCUGAUCCAAAACGAAGAUCAUAAAGUGGUGUGCACCGGAACUCUCGUUGCUCAACAUUUUGUCCUAACGGCGGCCCAGUGCGUGCUGCAAAUCAAGCCACACAAAAGUACCAUCAAAGUUGGGGUCACCGGAUCGGACGAUGGAGUAGUGCAGGUGCGGAACAUUGUGGCGACCUCAGUUCAUCCGUUGUUUGAUCAUUCGUCCAGCUACUACAACAUAGCUAUCAUCCGCGUCGAUGUACCGAUUCUAGUGACGGAGUACAGCGUGCCGGCCUGCCUGUGGCCCGACAGCGACCGCAUGCCGACGAAGCUAAUCUCGACGGGAUAUAGUGCCACCGCGGACGAAGUCACCGUUAAUGUUGUCAAUCCGUUGUACUACGUGGGCUGUCGGUUGAAAUACUACCGUAACCUCACGCUAACCGAGACCUGCGUCCUCCCGGACACGGACGUCCACUCGUGUGACGAGGCACCCUCGGCGUGCGCCGAGUCCGGCACGGGAAUGUUCAGUACCGUGUACAUGAGCUCCGACUGGAGGCCGGUAACGUACGUGGUCGGAAUAUACAGCAAAGGGGCCCAGUGCGCUCAGAACAAGCCGGCCGUUUACACGCGGGUUAGCGAGUACUAUGCGUGGAUCAAAAGUCAGCUCUACAUGAUGUCGCAGGAAAAUGUCUAACUGGUCUCGGGGCACGAUC